AUGGAGGACCCGGAUCAUCCCCAGCCGUCUUUCCAACUCGUCAAGAGAGUCCAGGACGAGAUCUGGCUGGCGCGGCGGGUCGCCCAGAACCCCAGCUAUGCCGACGGCGAGGAGUUCAUCGCGCGCAAAGUGGACGACUUUGACGAGUACUACGAGGCGGGCAAGUACUCGAUGAGCUUCACGACAAAGAGGCAGCGCCAAGUCAAGGGUCUCAUGGACCUCCUCUACGACUGCAACCUCGGCCGCAACGUCUCCCACAUCCUCAAUCACGAGAACAUCAUCUCCCUUGCCGGCUAUCUCCGCCAGGAGCCCGUCCACCCGCGCGUCGACGCCACCGAGGACUACCUCGUCUGGGAUAUCUGUGACGCCGGCACGCUCGAGAACCUCCUCGCGAACCCCGAAGCCGACGCCGACCCCGGCUGCUUCCUGCCCGAGUCUCUGUGUUGGCACGUCCUCGUGUCAAUCAUGCGCGCUCUCGUCUGGCUCCACGACGGGUACCGCCAGGAGGUGACCUGGGCCAGCGGCGAGCGGAGCUGGAAGAAGACGGACGCCGAGUGGAUGCCCAUCCUGCACCGGGACAUCAGCGCCAAGGCCGUCUUCUUCCAGCACCCGCGCGGCAGGGAGACGUACGGCGUGUGCAAGCUGGGCAAGUUUGGCAACGCCUUCAUAUCGGGCGUGCCCGCGCGGCGGGACGGAGCACCGGACGGCGAGAAGCCCCUGCCUCACAGCAUCGGGUUCCCGAUCGCACCCAAGAAGGAGCAUAUGGGCCUGGCGGAUAUGACCAAGCAGUGGAGGGAGUACCUCGGUACCGGGAGAAAUGGCAAACGGCUAUACACGCUCAGCGACGAGCACUGGGCCCUAGGUGCCGUCCUCUUCCGCAUGAUGACCGGCCGCCCCCUCCCCAGCCUCGACGGGUGCGGAGCCUGCAGAUGCAUCCACAUCCGGCGGUGCGCCAAAGUCAACUGCGUAUACAACGGAGAACACUCGGGCCGCGAGUGCGAGCACGAGGCCUUCCGCGGGUGCCACUGUCCCACGCCCUGCACCGCCGAGACGGACGUCCACAUGGACGAGACGUUGCACCGCACGCGCUACUCCUCGUACCUCGUCCUCGCCGCGCGGAUGCUGCUCAACUACGACCUCGAGGCGCCGGCCGUCGGCACCCAGGGGCUGGCGGCCGAGAUUGAGGUGCUGUACCGGCGCUGGCGGAGCGAGACGGAGGACGGACAGGAGUACGUGGACGUCGAGGAUGACCUCGGGUACCGGUUCCUGGUGUUGAAUAAUGCUGCUACCGUUGGAAAGGCUGAGGAGAUGGAUGGAUGA